AUAUCCCCUUGGUUUAGAAUGCAGAGGCGCAGAAAAAAAUAUGGCGGCCUCUACGAUGGAGGACGAGUCAGACUUUUCCUUCGAAGAUGAAGCCAACGAGUUACCCUGGGACAGGUUUAAGAAGUGGAUAACAUGCUUUUGUGUUGUGACGUUCGACAUAGAGGUUGGCCAAGCGAUGGAGCUUGUUUACCCCAAAUUUGUGCAUCUAUCUGAGAAAGAGAAAAUGAACAUUUGCUACUUGUCGUUUCCUGACUCCAACUCCGGUUGUAUGGGAGACACAACCUUUCAUUUCCGCAUUAGAUGUAGUCCCCGGUCAUCUGGGAAGUCCCCCAGCUGUGAGAUGCGUGAGGCUGAAGUGCCUCUUGGAUUCAGGAGUGACCCGGCCCAUUUGUAUGGCUCUGUGUUGUUUCGUCAAGUUAAAGACCCAAGUUUACAGAGGGGGUAUUUUCAAAAGUCCUUAGUACUUGUAUCAAGAUUACCAUACAUCAAUUUAUUCAGUGAAGUGGUCAAAAUAAUGGCUCCUGGAUUCUUUGAGAAUGGUGAACCUUCCCUUGAAGCUGCUUGUCAUAAUAUUGACCAAUGGCCUUCGCCCCAGGCUGGGUAUACUCUACAGCUGCCACUUAUGGGUACUGUGCUCCAGGUACGAGUACCAUCCAGGAAGGAUCGUCCAGGAGCUGUGUCAUCCCCUGAUAGUCCAAUGAAUAUCAAUAUCAUGGAACCGAUUCCAAGCCCACGAGUUAUUCCAACCCUCAAAGAACCAGAUUCUUUCAAAUAUCUUCAGUCUGUUCUCGGUCACAUUCAUCUGCUAUGGGAACUUGUUCUCACCAAUGAGCCACUGGUAGUCAUGGCACCAUCUCCAACUGUGUGCUCAGAAACGGUCCAAUCUCUUACCACGCUUAUUGCACCACUUCAUUACUGCUCGGAUUUCCGCCCAUUCUUUACAAUUCAUGAUAGCGAGUUCAAGGAAUACACAACACGUACACAGGCACCCCCUUCUGUCAUCUUGGGGGUUACAAACCCCUUCUUCGCCAAGACCUUGCAACACUGGCCCCAUGUGGUUCGAAUAGGAGAAAUGUCUAAUCUUGUAAUAUCAUCACGGAAGACGCCAACAGCUGGUCAGUCUGGCAAGAGGACUCUUUCAUCAAAACCUGGAAUCUACACCAAGUAUAAGCCUUUCUUGAGUAGAGACAAGACAGUGCAGAGGAAGCUUAGCAAGGGGAACCACCCCAAGAGGCCCCCUGAAGUCCAGGAGCGCUAUGUUGCAAGUCUGAUGCCUCUUCAAAGAAGCAUAUCACCAUGGAAGCACCCGCCGCGAAUAAAGCCAUUUGACGCCGAGGAAUUCCUGACCACUCUGGAGCAUUCCGGGCCUCAACUCACCUCUCGACUAAAGGGCAACUGGAUCCAGCUUUACCGGAGAUUCUUCCGAAGUCCUAAUUUCGAGGGCUGGUUGCGGCAUCGCCAACAGGAAAUUACUCAGAAAAUCGAGCUGCUUCAUCUAGAGACUCUAGGCAACGCGGAUGUCUUGGGCUGGGUCAAAGACAAGCAAGAGGUCGAAGUUGUUGACCUGUAUCUUCAAAUAAAAGAGAAAAUGACUUCCUGUUCCACAUUCUAUCCUCCCAUCACACACGAGACAAGGCAACAACUGUCCAAGCACUUAUCAGCCAUCACAACAACGCUGCCCUCCGACCUGCAGUUUGUCCUUAGCAACAGCUGACGUCACACAGUAUUUAGCGUCAUAUCUUAGUAUCAACAGCUCACGUUCUGCCAAUACUAAGCCACAUAGCUUAGUAACUGUUGCUGAUAAAGCUUCUGUCCGGCCUGCAUUUCAUCUAUAGCAACAGCUGACAUUGCUCCAGUGUUAAGCUAAAUGUCUUAGUAACGAUUUCUUGGUAACGCUAUUGUUUUUCCUUAGAACAUUUGGCGUUUCCACACCUGUAUAUUGCUGUGUACCUUUGUAACUAUUGGUUGGUCAAAGUACCGUCCGACCUGCCGUUUGGCCAUAGCAGAAGCUGUAGUAUCUUUGUAACGGUUUCUUGACGACGCUGGUCCGUCGUCAAUAUUUGACCGCAACUGUCAUGGAAACACUGGGUUCAAGUUCGACUCUUUGGUUUUUAUUUCAUAAAAAGGACGACCCUGUUCGUUUAGAUUAUGUUGCUUUGACCCUGCAACCAAUCAAAUAGCCGUACACAAAUCCAUGCUCGAGGAUCCAGCUCUUUAUUUUUUUCGGCCACGAAAAUCCUGCUCGGAAAAUUACUUAUGCACUUAUGCGCUCCUUUGGGAGCGCUCGCAAAGUACGCUGGAUCUUCGAGCUUGACACAAAUUGCGUAUAAAUCAGCCUUAGAUAGGCCGGAUGAUAGCAUCACAUCGUUGUGUUACAUUAGUUGACGUGUUAAAUUUAGUUGACAUUGUAUUACCAUAUUUAGGUUGAUUUUCUAUGAACCUUAUCAAUUGGUAAGUCAGCAUUGUUAUUUCCCUUAUAGAUAUAUUAUUUAUUUAUUUUUUGUCUCUUAGGAAAUUGGCUUUCUUAUUAUUUUCUCAAAUUUAAAAUAUAAAUGUAAUAUAUUUUACAAUUAUUUUACCCAUAUUUUUAUACACAAGUAAUACAAAUGUAAAUAUUGUAUGGUAUGAUGAAUUUUGAUGUACAGCUACAAAAAAACAACUUAGAUUCUAA